GGUGCGGCGCGCGCGCAGUGUAAGAGACACAGUCGCGCAUAGAUGACUGUUGAUCAGUGUUUAUAAAAUGAAUAUUUUAAUUUCAAAAUUGAUGUGGAAAAAUGGAAGUCGGAUUAAUCAGUAUCUCUUAGCUGUUAUAAUAACAAUACCACUACUAAGUUUCGGCAUGGUACAAGGAUGGCUGUCACCAAUGAUAUCAGUGCUCCAGUCAUCCAAUGGCCCUGCCCCAGAGCCAUUCACACCAUCAGACAUAUCCUGGAUGACAUCCGUAACUUACAUCACAGCUAUCAUUAUUGGGGCGCCGAUGGGAUACCUCACAGAUAGAUACGGAAGGCGAGCAAUGACUUUAAUCACUACUCUGUCUUUAAUUAUAUAUUGGCAAAUAAAGCUGAUCUGCCUGGAACCAUGGGCGUUGAUUCUCGCCCGGGCAGUAGCUGGUAUACCCUGCUCGGCCUGCUAUAUCGUCCUGCCCAUUUAUUUGAAGGAGAUCAGUGAUAUUGAUUUGAGAGGCGCCUUGGGUUCAUUGCUUAUUUUAAACAGAAACAUUGGAUAUUUAAUGAGCUACGUACUAGCUGAUCUUCUAGACGUUACCACAAUGCUAUGGAUAGGUUUCUUGGUACCUACAGUCGUGUUCUUCAUAUUUUUCGCUAUGCCUGAGACUCCCGAGUUCCUUGUGAAGCAAGGAAAAGUUGACGAAGCGAAGUCAGUAUUCGCAUGGCUUCGUGGUGUUCCUGUAACUGACCGUUCCGUUGAGCAAGACAUUGACACUAUUGUUAAAGUUGAGAAACAAACUAAAGCUGAGCAAAAAUCUGUUUGGAAAAUUAUAUGGAAAGACAGGCCCACGUUCAAAGCCUUCAUCAUCACGCUGGUUAUCAAAAUCACCCAACAGUUUGACGGCUACCUCAUCGUUCUCAUAUACGCUGGUUUCGUUACUGAAAAAGCAGCUGAAUCCAUCACCUUCAAGUUGUCUCCUAACAAACAAGUUAUGAUGAUUGGUCUGGUGCAAUUGUUUGGAUCUAUAGUUGCUACUUGCAUUGUUGAACGGACAGGAAGGAAGCUACUAUUAGUCUCCACAUCAUUCGCGGUUGGUGUUGGUAUGCUGAUUCUCUCAGCGUGGUUCUAUUUCACUGGUUUGGGGAGCUGGUUGCCGGGCUGGGUUCCCGUAGUGGCUAUGUGUGUGUGUAUCUUCGCUGAUGCGGCUGGAUUCCAACCUAUAUCGUAUAUUAUUAUCACCGAUUUGUUCACAUUUCAACUUCGCGGGACUGUGUCAUCGUUCGCAAAUAUCUGCGCGAAACUCAGCAAUUUUGUUCAAAUGAAGUGGUUCACGAAGGUCUGCGAACUAAUCAGCAUACAUUGGACUUUUCUCUUCUUUGCUAUUGUAUCAUUUUCCGCCUGUAUUUACACUGUAAUAGCUUUUCCAGAAACGAGGCAUAAAUCUGUUGAAGAAAUAUAUGCGAAGUUAGAAAAGAAGAAAGAGCGCGCUGAGGUCGCAUAGAACGCCUUUUUUGUCCUUUUCACUCUUGUGUCACAUUCCAUAUAUAUGUAAGACAAAAUAAUCUUCAACUAGUUUUCGUAGUAAGAUAAAGUUAAGAUGCUAAUCACUUAACUUGAUCUAACGAAAACUUUCGCGUUUAUAGUUAAGUCUGGCAUAUUAUACAUAGUCCAAAUCUCACUAGAAAGCUCACGAUUAUUCAAACUGUUUUAACUCUUUCGAUCUACGCGAUAGUUUUUGUUUUAUUCGAUGUUUGGACUAUUAACCUUAUCAGACCAAAUAAUAAUUAACUUGACAAAUUGACCAGGUUAUCAUGAACGCAAGACUGGUAUAAUAUUAUUUAAGAUAAUUGUGCAUUAUUUAUCAGAAUUUCAAGUGAUGGAUCUUGAUAGUGGUGAUAGAAUAGUAAUGACGUUAUUUGUACUGAAUUUGUGACAUAUAUUUUAAUUGGUGUUUUAAGAGUAAUAAACGUAGACCUCCAAAAUA